GCUGGCAUUAUCGAGGACCACUGUAGUACAAUAAUACUGUGCUAAGAACUUGAAUAGAAGGCACUUACGAGCCCACGCCAUGUCAAUAUCACUCGGUUAGAAUGGACAGAGAGCAUGGUUGGCCCUUAGGACAAAGCAGGGGACCAGGCCACCAAUGGAAUUAGCUCGAAUCGAGCCUCGGUCCUUGGAGCAAGGGAAACGUUCCAUUCCAAUUGUAUUAUGUGCUCUACUAAACGACACAUGUCAGUCGAUAGAUUUGAAUAGACACAAGUCAAGGCAGUGAUCUUGGAUAUCAGCCUUUACACAAGGGACUAGUAAUGGUGGGAUUGCGUGCACACAAGCGCUCCAGUGACCAUUGUGUUGAGUGAAAAGUAAGAAUAGAGGAUCUUUAGUUGUUCAAACUCUCUCUCGGGCAGAUCCUCGUCAUCAUCACCAUCAUCAUCAUCAACAUGAGCGAGUUGACUGAUGAUCAGAUCGACGACAUGAAGGAUGCAUUUUCCAUGUUCAAGAAGAAGUCCAACUCGGACACGAUCAAUAUCAAGGAUCUUCGAGCUGUCAUGCUCUCGAUCGGCUUGAAUCCCAAAGAUGAAGAAAUCGCUCAAAUGGAAAAAGAGAAAGAAGGCGAGAUUGAUUUCCCCGAAUUUUGCGCCCUCAUUCGCGAGUAUCAAAAACAAGCCAUCAAUAGUAAGGAUGAGUUAAAAGAGGCCUUCCGGGUGUUCGAUCAACAAGGCAAAGGCUAUUUAACCAAGGAGGAACUGGAAACCGUGAUGCGAAACUACAAGGACGGUCUCUCGGACAAGCAAUUUGACUUGGUCAUGGAAAAGGCUCAAUUCGACACGGAAGGCCAUUUGUCUUUAGAUAAUUUCUUGAAGCUGAUUUUCAAUGAAUAAAACCAUGUUCUGCCCUUCAACU